AUGUCAAUUCGUCAGUGGAAAGCAGCUGUGGUUCAGUCAGAGCCAGUUUGGUUCGAUAAGGAGGCCACAUUGGAAAAGACAAAGAACUUCAUCCUUGAGGCUGCAGCAAACGGGGCUGCUCUUAUCGCAUUCCCCGAAGUUUGGAUCCCAGGCUAUCCCAACUUUGUGUGGACAGGAAACUUCAAUGAGAAUCAACCUUUGGUGCAAAAGUACAUGAAGAAUAGUAUCACUGCUUACGGCCCCGAAAUCGUGUCUUUGCGCAAAAUGGCAAAGGCCAAUAACAUCUUCGUGGGAAUAGGAUUCAGUGAAAGAGAAAAUUCGAGUCUUUACCUUGCUCAGAUGUUAAUCUCGAAUGAGGGAGAAGUCUUGCUUCACCGCAGAAAGCUGAAGCCAACGCAUGUCGAAAGAACAAUAUAUGGUGAGGCUACUGGUGACUCUCUGAUCAAUGUUGUUGAGACCAAAUUAGGAAGGAUUGGAAUGCUUAAUUGCUGGGAGCAUUUGCAGCCUUUGCUGAAGUUUAACACCUACGCUCAAGGGGAACAAGUUCACAUUGCAUGUUGGCCUUAUGAUAGUGGACUGGCGUGGUCCCAACUUGCCUCAAAAAUGCACGCACUCGAAGGGGGAACCUUUGUUCUGUCUACCAACCAGAUUACAACUGAAGACGGUUUCAAGCUGAACACAGAAGGCCAAACCAGUCCUCUUGGAAACUAUCAGAACGGCAUUGGGGGUGGUAGGUCCGUAAUCUAUGGACCAAAUGGCUUACCUCUGACUGAGCCCACCAAUGAGUUAUUUGAUGGUUUAAUCUACGCAAAUAUUGAUCUUGAUUCGAUAAUCAAUCCGAAAAUGACCGCAGAUCCCAUUGGUCACUAUUCUCGACCUGAUUUGAUGAGGUUAUUGAUAGACGAUCGUCCAAAGAGUACUGUGUUCAAGGUCUCAGAAGAAGCGACAUCUUUGCACCAAAAACCAAUACCUUUGACCAAUACACACAAGACAUUCGCUGAGAUCAUUGCAUCAGAGUCGUUGUGA